UGAUGAGGUCGGUUUGCAGAAUGAGGAGGAGGAGGAGGAUGGAGUCGAGUGAUCGGCGAAUGCCGCAGGGUUUGCUGCUGCUGUCCUGGACUGUCGCUCUCCUCUGCGGAUGUGUGUCUCAAGCUUACUCAGGCCAGGAGGGCGUUUGCGUCUCUCAAGGAAGUCGUUUCCCAAAAUUUUCUUUGGAGAACCAUGCUCCAAGAAAGGCGUCCAAGGGGAAGAUUGACCUUACACUGUGUAGAUAUUAUCGAAAAAAGACAUGUUGUGACGUGGUACAGACCCAUGCUGCUAUACUCACGUUGCAGAAGCUAGCAGGGAGUGGUGAAGCAAGCAGUCAGUGUCUUGAACAAUGGGAAGUUUUGGAGUGCUCCAUUUGUGAUCCUCGUGUAGGAAUUACUCCGGGACCUCCCCUCCUAUGUCCUGCCUUCUGUGAAUCAGUCUUCUCAGCUUGUGCGGAUGCGUUCUUUUCCACAGAUCCCCUUACUCAGAUGUUGAUGCCUUGCGGCCCAAAAGAUGUUCUGUGUGCCAGAGCAAAGGAAUGGGCAUCCAAUAGCUCUGCUUUCUGUCAACUCGCGGGAUUCGCUUCAGUGGAUACCAGAAAUCAGUUCAAUUUUCUUGAAGAAAGAGCUUGUUAUGAUGGGAAAGCCGAGGCGCCAGGGUCAGCUGAUGAAGUGGUGAAGAUCAAACAAAGAAGUACUCGUCGAGCGAAACAUGAUAGUUCACUGGACAUGCUGAGAAAGUAUAUAGAGAAUAUGGAUGUUGCCGUUCAGAUAAUGUGGGCAAUAGGAGGGCUUGUUCUUACAGCUGGAGCGUUACAUUUAAGGCGCAGGACUCUUUUAAAGAACAGUACCGCUGCUGUCGUUAUGAGAAACAAACAAUUGCAAGAGGAAGCCAGGGCCCGCCAGCAGGCAGUGUACAAAGUUUCCGCUGCAACCUCAGCAGGAGCAGCAAAGAGGGACAAAAAGCCACGAGACUCACCCAAGGCUGCCUAACAGUGUGGGGAGAUUUUUGGUAGACUCAAGGUACAACUUUUGGCGAUGUUCUCUUGCCUUGCUUCUGUUGAGAUCUUCCUAAAGAUGUCAAGCGAAUACAAGUUUGUACAUGAUAAUUUUCUAGCCGGGGAGAUCUGGUCCUUUAUUAGAGCAGUUCGCCUCAGUCUGAUAUCAAUUAGGCUAUGUACCUGUUCCUUUUCUCUUAGGACUGCCUCGAUCUUGCGCUUUAUAACGCUUCAUGAGUAGAGCCCAGUUGUAGGUGUCCAGCUUUGCUCCCCUCCUGCGCUUGGGUCGAAAUUGAGGAGGACAUUUGGGAUAUAUAUUUGUACAACGCUUGCAACUUUCAUGUAAUGGGUAAAGUUGUUCCUCAUGUAUUUGUUUCGUUCAACGUGGAUCAUCUGGUGCCCGUUUUGUUGCCCCACAUGUUUGCCUGAAGCAUGAGCGUAUGUCUUACGUACAAUCCUGAGAUACACUUCGGUAGGUAGGAAUUACAUUUCUCAUAACGAAUCUGGAAGCGAAG